AUGUAUUCAGAGAUACCAAAUCUUACCUCAUUUUCAGAUUCCGAGAAGUCCCCACCACCUCCAAAGUCAUCAUCUCCUCCUCCUUAUGUGUACAAAUCGCCACUUCCACCAAAAUCCUCACUUCCUCCUUCUUAUGUCUACAAGUCGCCACCACCUCCAAAAUCAUCACCUCCUCCUCCUUAUGUCUAUAAGUCACCACCUCCACCAAAAUCCUCACAUCCUCCUCUUUAUGUCUACAAGUCGCCAUCACCUCCAAAGUCGUCACCUCCUCCUCCUUAUGUCUAUAAUUCGUCACCACCUCCAAAAUCAUCACCUCCUCCUCCUUAUGUCUACAAGUCACCACCUCCGCCAAAAUCCUCACCUCCUCCUCCCUAUGUCUACAAGUCGCCACCACCUCCAAAAUCAUCACCUCCUCCUCCUCCUUAUGUCUACAAGUCACCUCCUCCUCCCUAUGUCUACAAGUCACCACCUCCACCGAAAUCCUCACCUCCUCAUCCUCGCCCAACCCGCUAUCCUCCCCCACACCACUACAAGUCCCAUCUACCUCCACAUCGCUACUAA